UUUUUAAUAUGAAUGAGGUGACGACGUUGAUGUUAGUGUUGUCAUGGUGAAGCAGGUGGGACUCUUGGCUGCAGGAUGUCAGCCAUGGAAUGGGGAGGUGUGUGCUGCCAGCAGUGACAGGUUUGCAUAUUGUGCCACUCUCGCCAUCUAUGUCUACCAGCUGGACCCAAAAUACAACCAGUUUCGUCUCAUCUCAAUUUUAUCUGAGCACAAGAAAACAAUAUCAGCAAUCUCAUUGAAUCCUAGAAACAUUGACAUUCUUGCAAGUGCCAGCUAUGAAAACAAAAUCAUCAUCUGGGAUGUGAGUAAACAAAGACCCCUGGCUGUGUAUAAGAAUACAAAGUUCCCUCCCAUUGCUCUUGACUGGAACUUUCUCCAUGGCGAGGCCCUGACAUUUAUUGGGGCUCGGAGCUCAUUGUUUUUGUGGCAUUACAUAAGCCCAGAUCAGAUCUCAAGCUUAAAAGAUUCUGGCAAAUACUCGUCUGAUGUGCUUUGCUUCAAAUGGCACCCAAAACUGCUAGAGAAGGUGGUUUUUGGACACAGGGAUGGAUCCAUUUCAUUUUCUACAUCAGGAGGUAAAAGCCAUCGUCAUGAGCUUCGACCUGAAGAUGACGAGGAUGAAGACAGACAGGUAGAGGACUCUGUUAUGGCCCUAACCUGGGACCCUCUCUCCACAGAGUACCUUCUUGUCUCCAAUCUCAUAUCUGGGGUCCGUUUGGUAGACUCCGGGUCCAUAUCAGUCAUUAUGUCCUUCCAGCUGCCCAGCGCUGCCGCUCGAGUGAAAACGCUGGCCUGGAUACACACAGCACCUGGGAUGUUCCUUACUGGAGAUUCAAAGAGUGGAAUUCUACGAAUUUGGAAUGUAUCAAAGACCACACCAGUGGAGAACAUUAAGGUGAAGAAAACCGGCUUCCAUGCUAUGGCUGUGAUUUGUGAUCGACCUUCCAACAAAGCUCUUACUAAGAUGACACCAGCCAAUCAACAGUCUUCCACUAGCCCUGCCCAGGCCCCCAGCAUGGUGAACUCCUCCCACUUUGCCCUACCCCCAGCAAGAGUAGUGUCAACUUUCAGUGAUGGUGGCGUCGGGUUGUACGACAUUGGCCGCAGAAAGUGGGAGUUUCUCAGGGAACAGAGUCAUAUAGAGACAAUAUUUGACUGCAAGUUUUGUCCCAACGAUGCCAACAUUUUGGCAACAGGGAGUUUUGAUGGCACAAUCAAGACAUGGGACACCACAUCAUUUACUUGUCUUCAGACAUCCCCUGGAAAUGAAGGCAUUAUCUACACCAUAUCAUGGGCUCCAUCUGAUCUCAACUGUAUAGUGGGAGGGACAUCCAAGAAAGGGGUGUUCAUCUGGGACAUUGCAAAGGGUCGCAUCAUCAAGAGGUUUGAUGAGCAUGGCACCAAUUCUGUGUUCACAGUUGUGUGGAGCAAGAAAGACUCCCGCAGGAUCAUGUCUGUUGGUGCAGAUGGCCUCUGUGUAAUCCGACAGGUGGAUGGGGAGGUUCUGCAGAAAUACAAACAUCCAGCAGCAGUUUAUGGGUGUGACUGGUGUCCACAUAAUAAGGACAUGUUGGCCACUGGCUGUGAGGAUGGAAAGGUCAGGGUCUUCUACUCAGCAACCAGCAAUGACCAGCCGUUGAAAGUCUUCUCAGGUCAUACAGCCAAAGUGUUUCAUGUCAAGUGGUCUCCCCUGAAAGAGAAUCUCUUAGCAAGUGGAUCAGAUGAUUGCACGGUGCGUAUAUGGGACUACAGUGAAGAUGCAUGUCUCCGGGAGAUGAAGGGCCACAAGGGGCCAGUUAGGGGUCUCCUCUGGAACUCAGAAAUCCCAUACCUGCUGGCGUCUGGCAGCUGGGACUCUUGCAUCUGUCUGUGGGACAUCCGCUCUGGGGUCUGCCUAUACACCCUACAUGACCAUGGGGCAGAUGUGUAUGGUUUGACGAGCCAUCCAAGUAGACCGUUUAUCCUUGCAUCAAGUUCCCGCGACUCAACAGUGCGCCUCUGGUCAGUGACGUCCCUUAUACAGCCUCUAGAAAUCAACAUUCUGGCAGGGAAACCCUGGCAUUACAUCCUUGGAACUAAUGAGAUGUGUAUGCUUGAGGGAGGUGAGCCAGUGUUGACGGGCUGGACAUCACGUGACAUCAAACAGCAGGCAGAUCAACACCCCACCCACUCACGAUCCAGGGCUCUCAGAUUAUUCUCCAAGUUUUUUAGGGCAUCUGCUGGUACAGAUAACCUGUGGGAGCUGGUUGCCGUGGAGACUGGCCUGGAUGAUUCCAUGUUGUCAUCUAACUACAGCAAGGGAAUUAUGCAUGUCAAGCAUCUUGUCAAAUUUACCUCAUCUGAAGCCCAGGAGUUGGAGAUGUCCCGUCUCACCAAAACGGUGGUUGGGGUGGGAAAGGGGUCACGAGAGGAUCGCCUGAAGCAUGCAGCCGACCUCCAUCUCCAAGCAGGCAACCUGCAGCGAUACUGUGAACUCACGGUGGAACUCGGGCAGUGGGAAAGGGCACUAGCAGUCGCUCCAGGAGUCUCACAUGGGUACUGGAAGAGUCUGUGUAAUAGAUAUUCUGAGUGCCUCGUCCAGGAGGAGAGUGACCUUGCCCCUGUGUUUUGCACCGCCUCUGGGGCCAUACAGACCCUGGUGAACUUCUACCAGGUGCGGGGCCAGAUGCAAGAGGCUGUGCUAGCCACCCAGGUAGCAUGUGAGGGGUCGAGCAAUAUCGACAGGACUGAGGUUAAGGGUCAGACAAGUAACGGGCUUGAACCUUCAAAGGAACAGCAGCAGUUGGUACACAGUGCAGUUAAGGCAUGGUCAGAGUGGUACUUGUGGAAUGGGGACCCAGUGUCUGCUGCCUGCUGUCUUCUGGCAGUCAGUGACCAUCAGGGAGCCAUGAGCAGACUUCUUCAAGGUAAUGAGCUGGAGCUUGCUGUUGCUAUGGGAACAGUUCUGGGCGGGGUUGACAGUCUUCUGCAUACAGCCAUAGAGUUGUUGUCAAGGCGAUGUGAACGCCUGGGCAAGUGGUACCUUGCUAUUGACCUUCUUUUACGCGUGCCAGACAGUAAGAGACUGCUGGCCAUGUGUUGUGCACGAUGCUCUGGAUCAGAGGAAGAACGGAAUACUCUUUAUCAGAGGGCCCAGCUGCCAUGUGUUGAUGAGUGCCUGCAGGAGGCUCAGAGGUUAAAGCGACAAUCUGACAUGUUCGAGUGUGUAAUGUACUACCUUCUGUCUCAGUCUCCUGAACUGGGACUCGACCUUGGGGUCGACUUUGUUCACAAGCAGAUGAAAGGUGAUGGCUGGACAGCUGAUACAGUGUUCCCUAUGCUACAACUACUAGGUUGUGUCAGGACAGAAGUACUUCAAACUCACAGGAAAAAGUGUGAGUUGUUGUCAUACAGUUUCUACAUUGGAGCGUUGAUGGCAAUCAGGCGGGAAUACCACUCAAUAGUUGGAGCUCUCUUCAAAUUCACACUGGGUAUGUUGGCUAGUGCUGGAAGUGUUGAAUUUGCUGUACCUCAUGAAAAGAUUGCUUCCCAGUAUGCUGCUUGGCAGGCAGCCUAUAAUAACAGGCAAAGAGACAAGAUUGCUGUAGACAGAAUCCCCACUGACCUGAAGAGUGUGUAUGAUACUCUGUUACAUAGGGCGGGCACAGAGACAAGCCCCGCCCACAUUGGAGGGAUGGGUGUGGCAUCUGCUCAUCUCCCCUCACACUCUGACAUUCACCUGUCAUGCCUUACACAGUCUCGCAUUCAGGGUCUUCCAUACUUCCUUGAGGAUUGCAAAUCCACAGUGUCGCACAGUGAGGCCCUUAUGUGGGCCAAGGUGUGCCCCUUCUCUCCACUUGCUACUGGUGCCAGAAUGAACCCUUUCUGAAAACACAGUAAGGCUCUGGUGUAGGCCACAGUUUGGUCCUUCAUCCCUGUAGCUACUGGGAAAAGAAUGAGUCCUAAUUGUACAGUGGGGUUAUGAUAUUAGCCAAAGUCUGCCCUUCUAUCCUCUAUGUAUUGGGCGAAAAUUAACCUCUUAAAUCCUUGGUGAGGUAGUCAUGUGAGUCAUGGUCUGCCCCUCUCCACUCUAGCAACUGGUGCCAUAAUUAACCCUUUCUCAGUCUCUAGUGAGGCCCUUAUCUGGGUUAAGGUAUGCCUUUCUUCCUUCUAGCAACUUGUGCCAGAAAAAACACCUCUAGUUUCCCUGUUGUCAAAAGUCUAGCCCUUCUUUCCUCUUGCUACUGGGCCAGCAUGAAUCCCUUCUGAAUUAACAAUGAGGCUCAAAAUAAUAUGUGGGCAAAGGGGUGCCCCUUUCUCCAUUUAUAGUAACUUGUACUAGGAUGAACCCCUUCUGAAUACACAUCAAACCCUAAAAGUGUAGCCAAAGGUGUGACCUUUCUUUAAUCUAUCUACUGUGGCCAAAAUGAGCCUCUUGUGAAUCAACAUUGAGGCUCUUACAUUGAUCAACAUAUGCUCAUUCUCCCUCUGCCCUCUGCUCUAGGUUCUGGGGCCAGAAUGAAUUCCGUGCAUGCCCUUGUGUAGGUCAAGAGUUGCCAUUUCUCCCUUCCAGCUACUGGACAUCUAAAUAUAAAGUGAGGCCUUGAUGUGGAUAAUGCUUUUGGGAUCAGAAUUAACCCAUGUUAAGGACCAAUUGUGAGCCAAAGUUUGCCUCUUAUCCAAGAGGGGCCACCUUAUCUCAGAUACUUUGUAUCAUUUGUUUUAGCGUGCCAAAGCACUAAAUAUUUGCUUUGAUAUUAGCAUUUAUUAAGUUAUUAUUGCAAAAUUUACUAAUACAGCCAUCAAAUGAACAAUGUUGCUAGUGUUUUCCUGAAGAUGGUCUGUAUAGUUAUCAACUUCGCCAAUCUUUACAAAUUAGUGCUGAAUUGUGUAAGUGUUGUUUCUUUCUUUCCUGUUGUUUAAACUAAUUGAUGUUGAUUUUAAUCUUGUCUUUUGGCAAGUUUUGCAGUUUUGAAAUCAUGUGUUCAGAUUACUUUGUUAUAUCUACUCAAAUACACAUCAUUGUUUUAUAAACAUAUAACUUAUAAGUGAAUAUAAAAGUUAAAGAAUGUUCAUUGAUAUAAAAAUAUUUUAUUGCCUUUUUUCUUUCAACAUGAUCGGAUUUACAACAAUGAUAUAGAGUAUACAAAAAGCAAAUGGGUUGGAGAAGAAUGUUAAAGAUUUGUGUUAUUUUGUAAAAGAUACAUGUUUAUCUGUGUUGUGAUCAACCACAUUAUACUCACCAAUUGAAUAGUGUAGAUAUAGUCUCUGUAUGCACAAAAGUUUGAUUGGAAUGAACUCCUUCUUUGGUGUCAUAUGACCUGUAAAACAAAAAAGUGACAUUUAACCUAAAAAAGAAUAUAUAUUUUUUUUCAGAUUUAUCAAAGGGGUCACUCCUACCAACGAUCUAGCAUAAACUAUCUGGUAUUUAGGCAUUUCUAGAUUUUUUGACAUUGUUAUACUGCAGUAGUUCAUACUUAUUUUAUGCUAGUUAGUUGGUGACACCUGAAGAUUUUUUUUUAAAUGUUUCAGGUUAAAUGCCACUUACAUAUGUUUUGCAUGUCAUAUGACACCAAAGAAGGAGUUCAUUCCCAUCAAACUACUGUGUCUUAAUGUCUUAGGAUUCUUGUAUCAUUGAUUUCCCUUCCAUUUACAUUCGUUGUAUUUGUUAUUUGUUUUUUUACCGCCUUUGUUCAAUGAUUCUCAUUAUGUUUACACCAAGGCCAAUUUUAACAGAACAAUGUAUUCCGUCCAAUUCCACUGUGAUAUAGAUUAUAAAUACACUCAAUAUAUGUCUGGUUGUUUCUCAUUUGCAUAAUAAGUGUAUAUUAAUAUUGUUUGUUUAAAGUUUUGUUAAAUUGAAUAUUUGUUACUUUUUUGUAAUUUUAAUACUGCUAGUAAAAUAGUUUUAAAAAUG